ACGCUCCAUACACUGCCUCACGUAGGUACACCAUAAUACCUGUAAAAUAUUCCAAGCUACGCAGCUAAAGAGUUGACGUGCAUGCCCAUUUCAUUUGCCACUCUGCCCACUCCGCUAUUUGGAUACGCUACGGGUAUUGAAUAUGGCAAUUAAAGUCGCAGUAAUUGGUGGGGGAGUAGCUGGUCUGUGUGCUGCAAGGUACCUCUGCGCUAAAUCACCAGACGUCUUUCAGGCGGUGGUUUAUGAGCAGUCCGAUCAGAUUGGAGGCACCUGGGUCUACACGGAUACCGUGGGGAAGGACAAUUACGGCCAGCCUGUUCAUUCAAGCAUGUACCGCCGGCUGAGAACAAACCUUCCCAAGGAGCUUAUGAUGUACCCAGGCCUACCGAUUAUGGAGGGUGGAAAAACGUCUUUCAUCAAACAUGAAGAAGUCCUCCAAUACUUAAAUCGAUACGCUGCAACUUAUGACUUGCAUAAAUGUAUUCAGCUUCGGACAAGAGUCGAGUUUGUGAAGCCAAUCGUCAGCUGUCACAAAACAACUUGGGAAGUGACUGUGAGGAAUGUAGAGGACCCUGACGCCACGCCACAGGUCCUUGAAUUUGAUGCUGUAAUGGUCUGCAACGGUCAGUUUGCAGUGCCAAAUUACCCAGUUAUACCUGGCCUGGAGACGUUCAAGGGGAAAGUCAUUCACAGUCACGAAUAUCGCCAUCCAGAGGAUUUCAAGGGUCAGUCUGUGGUGGUUCUUGGUGGUGGACUCUCUGGUUGUGACAUCAGUGUAGAUCUCCAUUCCUACGUGAACAAAAUUUACCUUAGCCACCACAACUCGAAUCUGACGAGAACCGUGCUUCCCAGUAAUUUGAAACAGGUUCCAGAUGUGGCGUUGAUAGAGGAGGGCCGCUUCGUGUUCGCCGAUGGGCAGCGCGUGGAGGCAGACUCGCUGAUUUUGAGCACCGGCUACCUCUACGACUUCCCAUUCCUGGCGCCAGAGUGCGAAGUCGUCGUGGACAGGAAACGGAUAUCGCCGCUCUACAAGCACGUCCUGCACACCAAGUUCACAUCGCUGUCGUUCAUGGGGAUGGUAUGGUCCAUCUGUCCUUUCCACGUGAUCAGCAGCCAAGUGCGUUUUGCCAUGGCUGUGUUGGAUGGCACAGUGACCUUACCCAGCACCGCUGACAUGAACUCGGACUCACAGCGAGAUUACGAGUAUCGUCGCAAUGAGCUGAAGUUCCCUCACCAUUACGCUCACAAGCUGGGUCCAAUGCAGUUUCAUUACAAUAAGGAACUUUUACAAAUGGCCAAGGUAGAUGAGGAUGACGAUGCAGUUAAACCCAUUUUUGAGGAGCUCUAUCAUAAAACCCAUGACUUGCGACUAGAGGACAUGGCCAACUAUAAGACACACAUAUUUGAGCUUUCUGAUGACUUGAAAAGCUGGGAAAUGAAGUAGUAUUAAUAAAACGUUUUCUGUGUUAACCGAAAGAUCACCUUGUGAGAUCAGUGCGGAAGAACCCCGGGGCUCUGAGAGCAUCUUAGAUCACCGUUAUAGCAACAUAUCCUACUUUACAGUAGAAGUUAUGCGUUGGUAGUGUGUCAGAGGCUGUUCUUUGUUUUUUUAUUGUCGUUACAAUCAACAAAGAAAGACCCUCUAACAAAGCAUCAGGUCUAUACGCUUUACAGUUUGCUUGCAUCCAAAAGAAAAUUACCCAUGGUAGUUAUUUUCGAGGAAUAUUGGCGGGUUUACGAGUCACACAUUGAAACAUGACGCUACUGCUGUUUUUCUUUGAUGUUCUGGGGUCAGGAGUCACGAGUUUUAAUUUCAUUUGUAUAAAUAAAUGAAAUAAACAUGUUAUAACUUAAUAUUAUUACCUUUGAACAUUCGUUGAUGUAACAUACUAAUAAUUGCUGUCAACAUAAACUGUAACACCUUUUGGGCUCGUUUGACGAGUUACUAAAACCAACUUGAACAUUUUCCUUGUAAUAGGGCCAAUAGGCCUUUCUUAAUGCUAUUCUAUACGAUUAUUCUUAUUUUAUUUCUGAAAGAAAUAGAACGAAUGCUUUCAAGACCCUCGACAUCUCAGUUUCCUUAUUGGAUUAUCAAAACCCAUCAAACUGAUUUGUGGUUUUAAUAUCCUGCCCCUUACAGACGGCAACCCUAAUUUUCUGUUAUG